AAAAAACCCUGUGGUAGUGAAACCCUGUCACUGGCUGUCACUGACGUGUGUGCCAUAGAGGGAAAGAACAAGGACACGCAGGGAAGAGGAUAAAUAGAAGCACAACAAAUGGAGAAGAGUGGGGAGAACCUCAGCAGUUUUUCUAACGCCCAAACAAACUAUUCUUAUGCUCAGAAUCCAGUUUAUCCGCCAGCUAUGCCAGGUGGUCAUUCAGUGCCAGUUUAUAUGUCCCCUCCUCCUAGUUACAGUGAACACGAUCCAGCUGUACUAAAUGCCCCGAUCAGCAACCCGUCUUCUCAAGUCUUCCUCGGAGCUGACAGUUACCCUGAGCGUGAAGCAGAAGCUGGCCCUCCAGAGUACACUCUAGGUGUGUCCUACAGCAGCCCUUUCUCUGAAAGUGCCAUCAGAAGAGCUUUCAUCAGGAAGGUUUACAUAACCUUGGCCAUGCAGCUGGCUCUAACUGUUGGACUUAUCUGCAUGUUUAUUUUUUGGAAAAGGCUGAAGGACUGGGUUCAGGAUUACCCAUACAUUGUGUAUGCCCUCUGCCCCGCAAUCAUUAUUCUGGCUUUGAUCCUUGCAUGCUGCCAACAAGUGCGCCGUAAAGUGCCCUACAACUUCAUCUUCCUUGGACUAUUUACUGCAGUAGAAGGAUGCAUGCUUGGAACCAUAGCCGCACUGUUUGACGCUGAUGCAGUCAUGUGGGCUGGUGCAGCCACAAUAGUUGUCACAUUGGGACUGACCAUAUUUGCCCUACAGACAAAGUGGGACUUCACCAUGCUGUCUGGGGGACUGUGCGUUGCUUUGCUGGUGCUAAUGUGCUUUGGCAUUCUCUGUGCAAUCCUGAGGUCAAUGUACCUCAAUAUAGUGUAUGCGUCCAUCGGAACCUUCAUCUUUGGAAUGUACUUAGUUGUGGACACGCAGUUGUUAGUUGGUGGGAAACAUCGCUAUGCAGUAAGCCCAGAGGAAUACAUCUUCGCUGCCCUCAACAUCUACUUGGACAUUAUUAAUCUCUUCCUCCUGCUACUGCAGAAUUUUGGGAUCUGCGGUUCCAAUUAA